AUGACACCCGGGGACUCGUCGGAUUGGGCUAGAAGGCAGAGUUCCGAGUCGGAAGUUUCUGAAGGUAGUCGCAGGGCUUCAAACACGACGUCGACAAGUGGGACGAGCGGGACUGUCGGUAUAGGAGAAGAGGAUCAGGCUCACGGACAGCCAGACGAUGGUGUAUUUGAAGACGACUAUGGUCCGCCCGUUUUCAACCGGACAUAUUCGUGCCCACUGCCAGCGAGGGUCGCCAAGCAGUUUGCGCGACCACCGAGCAGGCUGAGGCAAGACUCGACUUCUUCAUUCCAAACACCCCCAUUGACGACGGACGGUUCUGGGGUCUCAGGGAUGACGAGCGACGUCGUCACCCCGGCAUACAAUCACGUCGCAUUGCAGACGCUGUCGAGCGAAUUGUCCGACUCUCUCCAGUCAGCCAUUCAGACCUUGUUGCACCUCUCCCCACCUCACUUGCUGGACAACGCCAAGGAGCAGUAUUCAGGAUGCACGGUACAGAUGCCGACGACAAGCUUGUCGGCGUUGUUGACCGCGAUGAAGGGAUUGAACUACCUGUCCGCCAAUGUCGCUUCUCUGUGCGAAGACAUGCCCGCGGAAUCUCCUCGGCCCGUCUCGCAGAGUGCUCCCGAGGACUUCGAUAUCGGCGAGUUGUUGCAGAGUACGGCUGACCUGUUAGGUGGUCAGGCGGCCCAGGCUGGAGUCGAGAUUGUCCUGUUUCAUGGAGACGUCGGGAUCAAGCAUACCAGCGUCAGUGGGGAUGGAGAAGGGUUGGGUUACGCCUUGAGCUAUGUCAUCCGGCAGAUUCUGCAAGUCUGUAGACAGGGCGAUACGCUCGAGCUGGGUCUACAAGUCACGCCGCAGUCUCCCUCGCUGACGCCCCGCGUCAACAUGCCUCUGUCGGCUACCGAGGUCGACGAAACGAAACGCGCCAGUCAAAUCUCGGUAACGGAGGAGACUGGCAGGAUCUCUCCAGGCGAGACCUUGGUCCGGUCGGUCGAAGGGUCAUCAGGCCCACUGUUGUGCACAAUCGAGAUCGUCCACACGUUCGCGGCUCACCAGAAACCGUCGCUUGCCUCGACGCCACGGGCCGACAGGACUCUCCCCAUGGACAUGACCGACUUGCCAGAUAGGUUAGAACCCGACUUUGACGGUCUGCUGUGCAGGAGAAUCAUCAAGCAUGUCAACGCUGUGCUACGUCAAGGUGGACCCGAACAGGAACCUUCGUACUUUGCACCCGGUCAAUCCGGGUCGACCCGGACUUACGAGCUAUCUGUCCUUUUGGCACGUGGGGAACCGAUCAACGAAACCACGGCUUUGUCCGCUGCAGAGCAGGCCGCCAGACAGCCUUUCCCGUCCCUCAAGCUGGAUCGCGAGCCAACAUUGCUGGAACUCUCGACUUUUGCCUCGACGUUGCGAGGGAAAAAGGUUGAACUGCACGCGAGUCUGAUGAGCAUAUUCGCUCGUCAUUUGACUAGCUACUUGGCGGCUUGGGGUAUGGACGUCUCGCACAUACCCAUCGAAGACAACUCUAGGAGGCCUUCCGUAACCGCCGAGCCGGGCGAGAGCACGCGGGAACCGAGCUUGAGCACAACCAAUGCCAGCCGCUCGUCUACCUUGUCCACGGGAUCCAAGGUCGAUGACGCCGGGAUCGUAUCAGGAGAACGAUUCGUCAUCAUCGAUGAUGACGUCGCCAUCCUGAAGGCGCAGCUCAUCAAAUUGAGGUCGGAAUCUUUAGCCUUUGGCGGCCGACCCCGAACACUCAAGAGACCGUCGAUGGCUUCUAGAACACGUUCUUCGCCUCACGUUAGGACGCUUCAGGCUGAGGGCAUGGUCAUGCCAGGAAACACCCAGCCUACGGCAGUCAUCCAUUUUACCAGUCUCGCCAGAUACAAUCAUGUACGCGACGUCGUUGCCGGAAUCUUAGCGUCCAGCUGGUCCCAUCCUCCUGAAAUCAUGGUUAUCCCCAAACCUGUAGGACCUAGACGAUUCCUCACUGCACUGCAUACGGCCGUACAGAGGCCCCUGGUCGACCCGUUCUUCGCGCCCAUCGCGACUUCUCCGCGCUCACCUGGAGGUGGGUAUUUCCCCCCAUUUGCGGUCAAGACGCCGUCAGCGAUGCCUUUCGAAAGUCCUCUGCGGAACAGCCACGGGACGGAUUACCUGGGUCAAGACUACACCACUCUUUCUGCAUACCGGCGCGGAGGGCAACCGUCACCUUCAUACGAAGGCAUACCGGGUCGUCAUCACGACGGGUCCGUUGCAAUCUCAACGCCUGGUGGAGAAUACGUGGCGACGCCGGCUGGAAGCUAUUUCGCGCGUCCUGUCGCUCACGGCUCUGCUUCGGCCGCACAAGGGGUCUUUGUCCGCAACGCUUCUGGCAUGCAUAUGGGGGUCUUCUUCGAUCCCAGUAAACCUGAAAGCAAAGAGAACCGACGCACGCCUUCCAAUAACUCGGAUGGUCUUCGUCGCAAGACGAGCAACGCCAAUCGUAAUAGCUCUGGCGGUAAUCCCGACGGCAAACAAUCAUCUUCUGUGCCGCCUUCGCCUGCGAGGAGACUGUCGGGCAUGUCAUCGACCUCGAGUAUAGAGGACAGAACUAGCCGACGAGGUUCGACGCUGCAGCCCGUGACUGAUGAAGUGGAGCCAAACGAGGACGAUGUCGUUACACCUUCAGCUCGCUCCCACGUGCGCAUAUCGUCUGGUCGACGACGGGUGUCUGGCGAAUCCAUCGGGAACCCGCGCGAGAGAUCCUCCACUCUGUCGAAUCAGAAGGACCGUCCUGCCUUGCGAUCCUAUCCCUCAAACGCUUCGCAGGGUGAAGCGCUGCUCGUCGAACAAGUGGCGGAGAUGCCUCCGCCCAAAUCGGGCAAAGCUGCCGCUAGCAAGGCAGUUACCGUCGUUCCGCCUAUCAAUGUUUUGAUCGUUGAAGACAACCCUAUCAACCAGAACAUUCUCUCGAUGUUCUUGCGAAAGCGACGGAUCAAACAUCAGACAGCCAAUAACGGGCAGGAAGCCGUGGACAAGUGGAAGACUGGGAUUUUCCAUCUCAUUUUGAUGGACAUUCAAUUGCCCGUCAUGGACGGUAUCGAGGCUACUAAGCUUAUCAGGACGUUUGAAAGAAACAGCAAUAUCGGCUUUUUCCCUUCUACACCUGGCUUGGAUUCGCACAAGACCCUCAGUCCCGUCGCAGACCUUGCACCUCCCGGGACGCCACUGCGAUCCUCGGUCAUCAUCGUCGCUCUCACCGCUUCCUCUUUCCAUCAGGAUCGUGUCAAUGCUCUCGCUGCGGGAUGCAAUGACUUUCUCACGAAACCCGUCUCGCUGAAAUGGCUAGAGAGCAAGAUUAUCGAGUGGGGUUGCAUGCAGGCAUUGAUCGACUUCGAGGGUUGGCGAAGAUGGAAGAGCGUUGAUGCGAGAGAUAAGGGAAUCCAGGAAGCCAAAAAGGCUGUUCAGAGCCACUCGGUCGCCAAUGCCAAGAAUGUCGCCGACAAGCUAAGGCUGCCGAAGAAGAUCAGCCGCACUGCCCUGUCGGACGAGGAACGUUCCGCCGCCAACCUGUCACCAGGCCCUAUAGCCACUCCUCUUGGUCUAGAUCCGGAGGAACCGGUCCCUAAAGCUCAAGUGUCCAUGGACUCGCCUGCCGGUUCUGAGGUGCAACACGUGAUGAUACCCGCCGUAUCUGUUACCAGUCCCGACGAGAAAAGCGACUCGUCUGAAGCUUUACGACGGCCGCUGUCUGUAUCAAGUCCGCUCGCAGAACCUCCUACCAACGCCCCCGGCUCGCCAGCGUUACCUUCAAAGGACCAACCUCAAUCAUCCGGCUCGGAUCUUGGAACCCCAUCCUCAACGAAAUCUAUCCAGAAGCCUCUUCCUCCCUUGCCAGUUUGA